AUGGCCUCGCAGACAGAGGCCGUGACCACUGCCCAUGAGCACUCCGGUGCUCGGGGAAUCGGCAUCACCGAGAACGAACCCGACGCCUCGGCGUCUGCUCCUGCGCCCGCCGCGCAGAUUGGCAAGAAACGUCAUAGCAAGUACCGCCAUGUCGCAGCUUACCAUGCACAGCUGCGACACUCGAGUCUCAGUCGCGAUGCGGAGGUGACGCCCAGCUUUCUUGGAUUCAGGAAUCUGAUGGUUCUGGUGCUUGUCGCCAUGAAUCUUCGAUUGAUCAUUGAAAAUUUUAUGAAAUACGGCGUGCUGAUCUGCAUCAAAUGCCAUGACUAUCGCAAGCAGGACCUUGUGCUGGGAUCGAUCCUGUUUGCCCUGGUACCAUGCCACCUUUUCCUGGCCUAUGCGAUCGAGCUCUCUGCAGCAGGUGCCGCAAAGCAGACCGUUGGCCACCAGAAGAAGACUGCCGAAGAGAAGGAGCGUGAUCAGCAGGUCUUCCGCUCUACCUGGCGCUAUACGGCUCUGCUGCACACCUUGAACGCGACCAUAUGCCUAGCUCUCACCAGCUUCGUAGUAUACUUUUAUAUCCACCACCCGGGCAUUGGAACACUUUGUCAACUACACGCCAUUAUCGUGUGGCUCAAGAACUGCUCCUACGCCUUCACCAACCGUGAUCUCCGCCUCGCCUUCCUCAAUCCCUCUGCUGACCCCGGUCUGCCCGAAAUCUACGCGACAUGCCCUUACCCCCGGAACGUGACCCUCAGGAACCUGGCGUAUUUCUGGAUGGCUCCAACACUAGUCUACCAACCGGUCUACCCCCGUACCGCGUCAAUCCGCUGGUCCUUUGUCGCAAAGCGAUUGGCGGAAUUCGUCGGACUAGCAGUAUUCAUUUGGCUUCUCUCAGCACAAUAUGCCGCCCCCGUACUGCGCAACUCUAUUGACAAAAUCGCCGUCAUGGAUAUUGCGUCUAUCCUGGAGCGCGUCAUGAAACUCUCCACCAUCUCGCUGAUCAUCUGGCUGGCUGGAUUCUUCGCCCUCUUCCAGGCUCUGCUGAAUGCCCUGGCGGAAGUGAUGCAGUUCGGAGACCGUGAGUUUUACACCGAUUGGUGGAAUAGCUCUAGUCUGGGAGUGUACUGGCGGUCGUGGAACCGGCCAGUCUACCUGUUCAUGAAGCGACAUGUGUACUCGCCGCUCGUCGGUCGAGGCUGGAGUCCUCUUGCUGCGAGUGGGAUGGUGUUUUCACUGUCUGCCAUUCUGCACGAAAUGCUGGUGGGCAUUCCCACCCAUAACUUUAUUGGGGUUGCUUUCUUCGGCAUGAUGUUCCAAUUGCCCCUCAUCGCUCUGACGGCACCGCUGGAGAAGAUGCGUGGCCCUCAGGGCAGGACGAUCGGCAAUUGCAUCUUCUGGGCCAAGUACGGGAGUGUUAGUCGAAUGUGA